GCGGAUUAGAGGCUCGUUAUCCUCUUAGCUCUAAAUGGCCCCACGUUCCUGCACUUCGCUGUCGAGCUCAUCUGCCGUCUAAGACGCGGACCGGGUUCAUGACACGAAAGCGAGAUUCAUGCGUAAAAAUGAUCGUGCCCACCAUUCAGUUGUUUUAGUGGUUGCGCAUUACGCGCGAAUCCCCCUCCAUCGUCUGUCAGCGCGCCUGUUGGGACGCAGUGGCUCUCUGACCGUCCGUUAAUGUGUCUAUGUGUCCAACCCACUGAUCUUUUGCAGACUGUAAUCUUAUCAGUGUCAAACCGUAGCUGCCCUCGUCUUCGGAUGCCAUUUGGAAUAUUUUUUAUCAGAGAAAACUUUUUAUCACCAAAGGGGUUAGCUACAUUUACAGUCACUGGCGCGUUUGAAUGUGUGAUAAAAUGAUCAUUUGACUCUUUUAAACUUUGGACCAGAAGAAGACAUGGAAUCUACAUGUAAAGAAAGGAGUCUUUUAUACUUACUUCUCUUUGCAAUAUGCACAGCCAGCGUUUGCUUUUGUGCAAGAAGAUCAAAUGCUCGGAGAUCUGAUCGUCUGAGUCCUCCGCUAGACAUCCAGCUGGAGACAGUCAACUGCACCGCCUUUAGUGUACGAUGGAAGAUGCCCCGGCGACAUGUUAGCACCAUCACUGGAUACAAGGUCUUCUACACAGAGAUGAGGAAUGGCCGUCCAAUGGGUACAGCGUCUUUGAUGGAGGUGCCUCUCAGCUUGGACAUGCUGACCACUGGGCAAUUUGAUGGACAAGCAAGCUUUGAUGUUGACAUUGGUAACCUCAAAGUGAACUCUAAGUACAGAGUCACUGUUGGAGCGUAUGGUUGGGCAGGGGAGGGAAGACCCAGCAUGCCCAGAGACAUCGGCACUGCCUCACAUGACAUGUGCAUGCCCCCAUCGCCCCCCAGUCAGCCUGUUGUCAUGGCUGUGUCUGACACAGAGCUGGCGUUGUCAUGGCAGCAAGGAGAGAGCGAGGGAAGUGCACCUGUCCUUCACUUCCUGGUGGCUUACAUCAGGCCAGAAAUGGACACGGAGUGGACAUACAUCCGUGAGCCCAUUGAGACUAACUCCAUGGUUUUGAAGGGGUUAUUACCGGAAACAGAGUACCAGUUUAUUGUCAGGGCCGCCAACAUGCACGGAGUUAGCCCACCCAGCCACAUCAACAGCCCCGUGCGCACUCUCGGUGCAUCAGACGUUAGCAGUGGUGAUUAUGGCCGUUACAUCACAGAUUCAAGGAUCAAAGAUGAAGAUGGGUUCGACAUUGAUGACUCUGAUUAUGAUGUCUUUAUUGAAGAGUUGAAGCCAUUCCCAGCUAUCAAUCAGGACAACAGGAAGUCUCAGCUCCGUUCACGCCCUGAUCCGCCAUCGGGUCGCAACGUUGUUUACCGCAUGAACACCAUCGCUCCUCCCAACGUUACUGCCCCUCCAGCUUCCUCCACCACCUCGUCCGUCUUCCCAGAUUUCACAGAUCUGAUUUUCUCAACCAGCUCAAAACCCAGUACCACUAUUGAUACCACAACUACUGCCCCACUGACCACUACCAGCGUCACUUUGCCCACCACCACUACCACGCCAACCAUGUCCCCCUGGAAAGGUGAGGUACCUCGUGUGUACGACCUGAUCUGCGAUGAUACUGUGUGCCCCCCCGACAGCUUCUGUCUCAGCGACUUCGACGGUAGAGGCUCACGCUGCCACUGUAACCUCGGACGAAGAGGGGACACUUGCUCUGAGGUGGUAUCUGUGAACUUUCCGAGGUUCUUUGGCUACUCUCACAUGACCUUUGAACCCUUGAAGAACUCUUUCCAGACCUUUCAGAUCUCUUUCGAGUUCAAGGCAGACUCUGAGGACGGCUUGUUGCUGUACUGUGGAGAGAACGAACACGGCCGCGGAGACUUUACCUCUUUGGCUCUGGUGCGAGGCAAGCUUCACUACAGGUUUAACUGUGGUACAGGAGCAGCCCAGAUAUUCAGUGAGAGUCGCGUUGUUAUCGGUCAGUGGCACAUGGUCACCGUCUUCAGAGACGGCAUGAGCGGCUGGCUGCGUAUGGACAACGACACCCCCGUAUCUGGCCGCUCGCAGGGCCAGUACAGUAAGAUCACUUUCCGCUCGCCGCUGUAUGUGGGUGGAUCCCCGAGUGCUUAUUGGCUGGUCAGGGCCACAGGGACAAAUCGUGGCUUUCUUGGCUGCAUUCAGAGUCUGACCAUCAACAACAAGGCAACUGACAUCAGACCUUGGCCUCUGGGCAGAGCUCUGAGUGGAGCUGAUAUAGGUGAGUGCAGUGACAGCGCCUGUGACCUGGUCAGCUGCGCCAAUGGCGCAGUCUGCUUUGCAAACCGUGCCGAUGGCUUCAUCUGUCUGUGCCAGCUCGGCUUCAGGGGAGCACUUUGUGAAGAGACUUUCUCCCUGUCCUCGCCUCUCUUCAAUGAGACCGUGUUAUCGUACGCUGUCAUCCCUUGGCCUCAGUCCUCUCAGAGCUAUCUGUCCUUCAUGGAGUUUGAGUUGACGUUUCGUCCGUUGAUUUCCGACGGGACGCUGCUGUACAGUGAUGACGCAGGCAGCGGAGACUUCCUGGCUAUCAACCUCGUGGACGGAUACAUAGAGUUCAGAUUUGACUGUGGCUCUGGAGGAUCUACAAUCAGGAGUGAUGAGAAGAUCAGUCUGGACACAUGGCAUGAGCUGAGGGUGUCUCGCACAGCAAAGAGUGGUAUCCUUCAGGUGGAUAGUCAGAGGCCAAUGGAAGGAAUCGCUGAGGGAGCUUUCACUCAGAUCAACUGCAGCUCACCUCUUUAUAUCGGCGGAGUACCAGAAUAUGAUAAAACCAAGAGGACAGCAGGUGUGAUAAAGCCCUUCACGGGCAUUAUUCAGAAGCUGAUACUCAACGACUGCACCAUCCCAAUAACAACUGGCUCUGCUGGUGGAGUUAAUGUAGCAAAUUCAGCUCACCCAUGUGUGGAAAGUCCCUGUGCCAAUGGAGGGUCCUGCAGGCCAAAGUGGGACAGCUAUGAAUGUGACUGCCCUCUAGGGUAUGAUGGGAGGCACUGCCAGAAAGAGUGUGGGAAUUACUGUUUGAACACUGUGACUGAAGCCAUUGAGAUCCCGCAGUUCAUUGGCCGAAGUUACCUGACAUAUGACAACAGAGAUAUCCUGAAAAGGGCGUCUGGGUCGAGGACCAAUCUUUUCAUGCGUUUUAAGAGCACGGCCAAGGAUGGCCUGCUGCUAUGGCGAGGAGACAGUCCGAUGAGACCCAACAGUGACUUCCUGUCUAUGGGGCUUCAGGAUGGUGCACUAAUCUUCAGUUAUAACCUGGGCAGCGGUACGGCUAACAUCGCUGUCAACGGGACCUUCACCGAUGGAAAGUGGCACAGAGUCAAAGCUGUGAGGGAUGGACAGUCAGGGAAGCUGACAGUGGAUGACUAUGGAGCAAAAACAGGCAGGUCACCUGGAAAGAUGAGACAACUCAAUAUCAAUGGACCGUUAUAUGUUGGUGGCAUGAAAGAGAUAGCUCUUCACACAAACAGACAGUACAUGGGAGGCUUGGUGGGCUGCGUGUCCCACUUCACACUCUCCACCGAUUAUCACUUGGCACUGGUGGAGGACGCUGCUGACGGCAAGAACAUCAACACCUGCUCCAACUAACACAUGGCGUAAACGCGUAAAAGUGCGCUUUCAGCAACAUUUUCAGCUGGAGCGAACACCUUGACCGGCUGAUUUGUCAUCUUGAAACUGACUAAAACAAUAACAUAUUGGCCUUCCUAUUCAGGGCUGACGUGGUACAAAGUCAAAGUGCGAAAAGACUAACAACAAGGUUACUUUGACUCACAAGAAGAUUAAAGAGGCUCCUGUGUGCAAAGUUUUCAAACCAACUUAAACCUGCCAUGUUGUACGUUUUUAUUGAUGAAUAGCUCUUUUGAAACAUGGCAACUGCAAAAUAAAAAUAAAUAACACCAGAGGCAAAGCACAAGUACUCUGUGAGCUUUAGCAUAAUCGGUAAUGAAGGUCUUUGAAGGACAAUUUUUUUUUGUUUUUAUGGGAUGAUUCUAAUCGUAUGUUUAUUUUUUUUCUACUGUAAAUCCUUAUUUGAUUGCUGGAAGAACCAAGUAAUCCGAGGGAUCAGGAGUCAUCACAAGUUUUUCAUGAUCCUGACCUAGAGCAGCUAGCAGAGAUAAACGUCUUUGUAGAGGAUUUAGUUUGUUGGCCCUAGAGGAUUUGAGGAUCUGUUGUUUUUGUUGCACUCGUAUUAUUGUUCGUGAUGUUUUAUCAGUCUGUAGACUACAUUUAUUUCUGUAAAGUCUAGUUUUGAAGGGUGAAGAGAUGUGAGCUGCACACAACAUUUAUUUCUGUAUACACUCUCUUUUUAGUUUACAUGCUCCUUUGCUAGGAACUCUCAGAUACUAGUCACAUGAAAGCCUGAUGUUGACGCGGGGAGGCAGCCGAAAUCCUGGAGAAAUUGUGCAUGACUGUUAAAUCAUCUGACACAAACCACCGCCCUGUGGACGUCAGUCUUCAAGUUGAGCUUUUGUUGUCA